GUGGACUCGGGCGUGUGCUGCCGGCCGGCCGUGAGAACGAACGCUGCCUUUGGGACCGGAAGCCCGAACUGUCUGGAGGAAGAAGAUCCUCUUAUUGCCUCACGUGUCACAGGUGGCACCGGGGGUUGUCGCAGGAGUUACCUAUUCUCGGAGUAAAAUGAUGAUGGGAGAUCUUGAGGUGGCUGCAGGCUGGAUCCCCAAGCUGAGGCCCAGGGUGGGCCUGAAGGGGCCUGUGAAACACACCUCCAAUCAGGGUGAAAAAUUCACCCCACUGAGUAACAGUCUUGAUCCUGAGAACUCUCGCCAGCACUUCAGGAACUUCUUCUAUCCUGAAGCAGCUCCUCCCCUCCAGGUCGUCAACCAGCUUCAGGAAUUAUGCCGUCAGUGGCUGAGGCCAGAGAGCCACUCCAAAGAGCAGAUCUUGGAAAUGCUGUUGCUAGAGCAGUUCCUGGCCAUACUGCCCAGGGAGUUCCAGAGCCAGAUGCAGAAGCACCAUCCACAGAGUAUCCAGGAGGCUGUUGCUCUGGUGGACCUCUUUCGGGGAGAAUUUGAUCCGGGGAGAAAAGAGAGUUUGCUGACCUUUGAAGAUGUCUCCUUCAAUUUCUCCCAAGAGGAAUGGGAGUUACUGGAUGUCAAUCAGAAGGCCCUCUACAACAGUGUGAUGCAGGACACCUAUGAGACUGUCAUCUCUCUGGGUCUGAAGAUCAGAAAUUAUCCCGUGAAUGAUCAGCCCGUGCCUGCUGCUGAGUUAGAAAUACAAGCCCCGGGAGGCCGAGUAUCAAAAAAAGCCAAAAUGGACACUCCCCAGAAAACCACAGGCACAGAAAAUCGUGGUGGCAUAUUCAGGGUGCGGAAACGACAUCGAAAUUGUCCAGGGAGGAAAAGAAAGAAACAUUCCACAUGCAAACAAGAUGUUCCCAAAUGUACAGAUCUUCAGAAGAAAGGUCCCUCAGGAGAGAAACCAUUUAAGUGUCAGGAAUGUGGGAAAAGCUUCAGAGUGAGCUCUGACCUUAUUAAACACCAGAGAAUUCACACGGAAGAGAAACCAUAUAGAUGUCAACAGUGUGAUAGGCGGUUUAGAUGGAGUUCAGAUCUUAAUAAGCACCUAAUGACACACCAAGGAAUAAAACCACACAAAUGUUCGUGGUGUGGAAAAAGCUUUAGUCACAACACAAAUCUACAUACACACCAAAGAAUCCAUACGGGAGAAAAACCCUUUAAAUGCCAUGAAUGUGGGAAAAGGUUCAUUCAGAACUCCCAUCUUAUUAAGCACCAGAGAACCCAUACAGGUGAGCAGCCCUAUUCCUGUAGCACAUGCAAGAGAAACUUUAGCAGGCGGUCAAGCCUAGUGAGACACCAGAAACUUCACAGACCGAGGGAAGAUUGUCCUGUGGCCCCAGUCUGAAUAAAAUCAUUACAGGGAGCUUGAUCAUGGAGAGGGUGAAAUAAUAUGAAACCACACAUGACCAAUAUUAGUAAUCUCAUCAAUGAGAAAUUUGGGAGGUGGCAAUGUCAUGCUUCACAGAAAGGAAUCCUAGUUGGUUAUCUUCGGUGUUACCUUUUCAGUUAGAGAACUCAAAGCCCAGUGGCAUAGAGUCAUAGUAACCCCUUAGGACAGAGUUGAAUUGCUCCUGUGGGUGUCGGGUGAGCAACAUGUGCAGGGGCUUCAUUUUUGUCCUGCCCAGAAGCCCGAGAUGUCACCCAUUAUAGCACCAGAGCUGCUUAACUUGAAAGGCUGCGUGAAGCUGUAUAAUAGUUCACUAGCCCAAAUUGAUAUUGACGCAUAAGUAUUUUAUAAAUAAAAGUAAAAUUCCAUCGUG